UAAAAAUUCUGGUCAAUUUUUGAAUAAUCGAUUAUCACAAUCGAUAGUUUGAUAUAAAUUUAUCAUUUCCUUUCGAACGAGUUGUGAGCAUAAAUUCUGCAGUUAUUCUCUUGAAAUUAACCGACAAUGAAUUCCGAGGAUAAUCCAAGUUUUUCAUUGAAUAAUUCAUCGCCAUCAUCAUCAGUUGGAAUGGCUCGAGAAUUUCGUUCAUACGCACAAGAUGCUGCUCAAUUUAAAUUUGCCCAUUCAAUGCCAUUCAAUAAUAAUAAUUCAAUGAAACUGACAACUACGAUUACGGCGGUCACAUCAUCAUCAUCAUCAAUGGCUGUAGCAAAUGUUUUGGAAAAUCAUAAUUGCCAUCUUGAUAAUGAUGAUGGUCCAAGUUGUGGCCAUCAUUCUAACGAUAAUGACAUUGAUCGAUUUUCUUUACCCUCUCCAUUGGUUGAAUCGAUAUCAUCGAUCUAUUCAGAAGAAUCUCGACAAACAUUAAAAUCGCCACCGUCAUUCGCAUCGAAUGAUUGGAUGAGAAAUAAUCUUCCAUUAUCCUCACAAUCUUCGUCAAGAGGCACUUUGUUUGACAUUUCCAAUCGAAUAAACAUUACCAAUCCAAAUCAAAGUUUUGUUCCGAAACAUAAUCGUUCGUACGGUCAAAAUAAUGCAUCGUAUAAUCGUUCGAAAACAUUAAAUACAUCGACCGUCUCAAAUGUUGGUAUGAAUGCAUCGAUUCAUUUUCAAUCGGAAAUUGUCAUGUCGAUUGUGGAAGGCCGUGGUAAAGCUAAAGGCGAAAUCGGAAUCGCAUUCAUUGAUCUAAAGUCGAUACCCAUUCUUCAUGUAUCACAAUUUGUCGAUAAUUAUUCAUCAGAAUCAUUACGUUCAAAAUGUCAGGUUCAUAUGCCCGUAGAAGUGAUAUUCCCUCAUACAAUGUCCUCGAAUAAUCGAAUGAUGUCCACAUUGAUCGAAUCAUUUCCCGAUAUUGUGUAUCGGCCAUUUAAUAGGAAAUUUUUCAACGAAAAACGUGGAUUCGAUAUCAUCCAAACGUUGUCGUAUGAUGAUUGCCAAUGGAUCGAUUUACAAUUGGAAAACAAAUAUUACUGUUUGGCCGCUUGUUCGGCACUAUUCCAUUACCUUAUUGUGGUCCGUCAAAUUCAAUAUGCACCAAAAUCGAUAAAAAUAAUUUAUCAAAGUUCAUUAAACACGAUGAUUAUCGAUCCGCUUACAGCCAAAAUUCUCGAAUUAAUCAUCAAUCUGGCCGAUCCAAAAAGUUGGCAUACUUUAUUCGGUACGAUUAAUCGAACUCGAACAAAAUCCGGCUACAUUUUGCUUCGAUCCAAUAUCCUGCAACCAACUACUAACUUGGAAUUGAUUAGCAAACGUUUGGAUAUGAUAGAAGCCAUCUCUAGCUCUAUGGAAAUAUUCAAUAGUUUUGAAAAUCUUCUCGAUAGUUUUGGUAUGGUUGAUCUUGAUCAGCUACUUGUCAAUAUGGUACUGGUUCCCGUCAAUUCUCAUCAUCAAUCCUAUGAUAACAAUCGUUCCAAUGAUUCCGAUUUAAGUCAAUCAGCUGAAGUGUCAACGUCUACAAUGUCAUCAAAUACAACAGCCGGCGUCAAAUCUGUGUCGGCCGUUGUCAUACGUCUAAUUGAAAAAAAGAUUGACUAUGUCAUUAAUAUGAAACACGUUGUAGCAUUAGUUGAUCAUCUACGAAAUUUACUUACAAAAUGCAAUCCAGAACUUUUUGCUGAAUAUAUCCAACUUUUGGGUGAUCCUGGUUAUGAGCAGAUUAAAUCAAUGAUUGAUCAGGUUAUCAAUAGUGAAGCUAAAUGUGUGAAAUCAGCUUUUGGUCUUAGUGUUGCAUCAGGAAAAAGUAAUACCUUCAACAGUAGCGGCUCAGCAGCAAUGAAAUUGGAACGUUGUUAUGCAAUCAAAGAUCGAUUCAAUCCUAUGUUGGACAUUGCUCGUAGUAUGUAUUCGGAAACAAUCGACGAUAUUGUGGCAUUAACACAAGCUUAUGAGGUCAAAUACAGUUUACCUGGUAUUCGGCUUAAUUUUAACACAUCAAAAGGAUUUCAUAUGCAAAUUAAACCGAUGAAGAGUAAUGAUAAAAACAAAGAUAAACAUAACAUCAAUCGUGGCCCCAUUUUAUGUCAACAAAAACGAUUGCCAUCAAUAUUUAAAGAUGUUCAUGUGACCAAAAAUUGUAUUUCAUUCACAUCAGAUGAUUUGACGCGUCUCAAUAAUCGUAUUCGACAAUCGAUAGAAGAAAUCUACCUACAAAGUGAUAACAUCAUUACUGGAUUAAUUGAACAAAUACGGACAAAAAUUUCUUGCCUCUAUAAUCUGACUGAUAUUGUGGCCAACAUUGACCUCGUUUAUUCGUUUGCUUAUCAAAGUUUAUGUGCAAAUUGGGUACGACCCCAAUUCAGUUCUCAUUAUACAGAAAUUAUUCAGGGAACACAUCCGGUACUUGAUAAUAUAUCCGGCGGCAUUUCCGUACCUAAUUCCAUAUUCCUAAGCAAUGAUCUCAAUUUCCAUAUCAUAACCGGACCAAAUAUGAGCGGAAAGACGACUUUUCUGAAACAGAUUGGUCUCAUACAGAUACUGGCACAGAUUGGUUCAUUUGUGCCGGCACAAAUAGAUACAACAUUUCGUUUAUGUGACAAAAUUUUCACUCGAAUGGCGAUGAAUGAUAAUCUACAGAUGAAUAGUUCAUCGUUUAUGGUUGAAAUCAAAGAAUUACAUUAUAUACUCAAUCACAUUUCACCAAACUGUUUAAUACUGAUCGACGAACUUGGUCGUGAUUCUAGUUCUACUCCUGAUGCUUAUGAUGAGAAUGCUGCUGUUGUCAAUAAUAAGAUUAUGGAAUCGACUUUUCCAACAUAUUGGUCGUUUUGUGAAUCAUUACUAAUGUCCCAAUCAUCCUUCACCAUUUUCGCCACACAUUUUCCUCAGCUAACAUCAUUGUCAAAAUAUUAUUUCAACGUAAGCAAUCAUCAUUUUAGUUCAGAAGAACGAUUAGAAAACAAUCUGAUCUGCAAAUAUCCACACAUAUUACGUUCGGGCCGAACGCGAGAACAAUUCUAUGGAAUACUUUUGGCCGAACAAUCUGGCCUUGAUGAAAAAAUCGUUUCAUAUGCCAAAAUGAUCGCUCAAAGAUUUCGGCCAUCAUCAUCAAUGUUUCAUUCACCAUCUUUACGAUCAUUGUUUGAUAUAACCGAUGCUACUGUCGACAAUGAAAUCGUCGACAUUUUGGAUGAAGAAUUACAAGCCAAAUAUCGAAUCGCAGCACGUUUGUUACAUUUUAUGAUGACAAAUCCACAGGCUGAAAUUAAUGCCAUCAUGGUACGAGAUUUACAGAUAAUGUAUGAAGAAUUACGACAAGAAUUUUUGGAUCAAUCAAAAUAUAAUUGCUCAAUGCACGCACGAAAAUUAUCAUCAUCAACAAUAAUAAUGAAACGAAACGAAAAAUCAAUUAUUUGA